GGAUUGUAGAACAUGGCAGCCCAGCUGGUGACACAAUCCCCGGAAAGCGGCCCAUCCCGACUGCUGACACAUUCCCCUCAACAACACGGUCCCACUGCGUCGAGCGAGCAUUCGACAGCACAAGGACAAAUAAGCAAAAGUGGAAGGACCGACGAGAGACCUGUCUUGCAAGCAUGCGACAGAUGUAGGUCAAAGGUACGUGUCGUGUCUCGCUUGUGCGUUUGCGAGUCAUAUCUGAUCUUGCGCGCAGAAAGUCAAGUGCACCCCGGCAGCUAACGAAGAGGGUGCAUGUCAAUCUUGCGGCAAGGCGUCGUUGACGUGUACCUUCAACAUGCCUCUGACAGCUUCACGGUCAAAAAGGAUUCGCAGAGACACGAGUCACCUUCAGGAGAUUGAAAAUCAAGGACUGAGUGUCAGUGCAGAGGCUGAGCAAUCGCCGAGAGCAUACGAGGGGAGGACAGAGAGUGCCAGAAGCGAUGGGAGUCACAGUCGGACAAUGGACCUUGAGUAUACCGAGCGAAGACCCGCCUCCACCGCCACUGUCCCCGUCCGGUUACCAUUGGGUACUACAAUACAGCGUCCUCCAUCUGUCCGACGAGAAGGACCAACGGCAAUGUCAUACAUUCUGCAUUCCACCCCAACCUUGCCCAUAUCUUAUCUUCGCGAAUACGAUCAAAAUCACUCCAUCAACAUGCAUAUGCCCUUUCCGGAUUCCGGAGAUGGGUAUAUCCAGGUCACUAGCCCUCCCCUUCCGCCAUCGUCUACAGACCCACCGCCGCAUGUGAUGGAGGCUUUCCACUCACCAAGUUGGAAUGAGGUAGUCAAUAGACUGGUGGAGACUUAUCUGAGUCAUGUGAGCCCCUUGCUUCCCAUCGUUGUUAGGGAAGACAUAGAAACGGCAGAACAACAUCUCAUUCAUGCGGUGGCUACCGUGGCUGCGACGAGGAGGAAUUGCCCCAAAGAGAUAUUCGACUGUCUCAAGUACAUCUUGAAGCAGGAGAUGCUGGGUCUCGAUGUCUUUAGCGAUACAACCCGCCAAAAUGCUCAAGUAUUGCUCGUCACUUGUAUGGUCGACGAGCUUGCCCUGGAAAGCGGUGCAGCGGCACCUGUCAGCGUUCAGAGGGCUAGACUGGCUGCUGCCAUCAGAAUGUGUCAAGAUCUUUCUAUGGAUCGCGUAGACCCACUUUCGUUGACAGCUCGGGCUGAUAAGCGAAUAUGGCAAUGUGCUCUGGUUAUCGAUCAACUAAAUGCCACGCGUACGGGAUCGCGUCCUAUCGUUGCUUCUUCCACGUUCAAAUCAGAGAUCAAUUCAAUAUCAUCAGAGGAGAAUAAUCAGUUCUUCGAACAAUUGUUCACUUUGUGCGCUAUACUCAGCCGGAUUCUGGAUAAAGUCUACGGUCCUGAUGGAGUAAAGCGAACGAAGGAUGAAGAGUUGAUUGACAUUCGUGACGAUCUAAAGAAGUGGAAAGAUUCCCUGCCCCCGGCUUCGAAGUUUUCCGGGGCAUGGUCCAGCCUUCCAGCAGGCUUACUUCAUCUUCUCUACACACUUCUUCUCCUCCUUCUCUACCGUCCCUUCAUGCGGUGGUCUUUCAUCUGUCCGGCCCACAUUUCUCUUUCUCUCGAUAUGCCCGUCUGGCUCGAACUCAACCCCGCCUCUCGCCAGGCGCUCGAAUGGGCGACCAACCAAGAUGACCUUGCAGACCUGCUUUUCUUUGGCCCCUAUGCCUUGGGGCUGAUGUGCUUGGUGCAGUAUCAUAGCUAUGCAAGGAGAAGAGAGUGGGACGGGGUGGUGAUGCUGGAAAAGUUCCGAAAGGAUGCUGUGGAGAGAUGGACGUCGCGCGCAGCGAGUGGGCACAUGUUGCUUCAAGCUGCUCAACUCGACGUGAUUGACCUUUUCUACGCCGCCACCCAAACAACGCUCAGAACUGGUACAACCUCCUACGACACCCCCACCUCUCCUCGCGGUCUUAACCCCACCCCAGGCGUACUCAACCGCCUUCCUGAAACGUCCAUCCACGGGGUAACCUUCCUCCGCGAUCCGACGCACCCGCAAGGCGGGGUCUUGGUGGCUACACAGCAAGCGGCGAGGGAAGUCAAGGAUCUGCCGGCGGGGACUGUCAUCAUUGGGAGUGGAUCCCUGGCGCGUGAGACGCUUUCUGGGGAUGGAAAUGGGAACGCCAGUAAUGGCGCGAGUCCAUCAAGUAAUGCGGCAGUCGGGGUGGUGGGACAAGGGGCAAUGUUUGGGGAUUUUGGGGGUGCAGAAGGUUUUGUCGGACCGUUGAUGGAAGGUCUGGGAGAGGCAGGUCGGGUCAGUAUGUCGACGCCUGAUUGGGAGGCCAUAGUAUCUUCCUUCACAUAUCCUCCAAUAGCUCAUUAA